AGGUAAAUAAAAUAAUGCAAUCAUGAAUAAAAAAAAAACAAAUUAUUUUUUAAUAAAAAAAACGCCGUUGUAUUUUUUGUUCUUGAUGGGUAGGGGUGGUGCAAAUCCAAAUAUUCAUUCUUCUCUACGGUUUCCUGCAAAAAUUGCGUGGAUCUCUAACCCCUUUCUACGUUGAAUCGAAACCCUAAUAAUUAUUGCGAUUUCACUUUCCUGGUAUGUUUUCAUUCAAUCCUUAAUUUAUUCCGUGAAUUUCAGAAUUCCCAGAUCUCACUUUCUGUUUCAGUUAUUCAACCUUUUACUUGGGGUUUAGCUUUAACGGAGCAUAGAUUUUGAGGUUUUUCGAUUUGGAUCUCGAGGUUUUAGCUCUAAAAUCGAGGUUUUGCUUUUUUAGAGGUGAAAUUUGGGAUUAUCGAAGCGUGAUUUUUGGCGAAUUUUUUGUCGGUGUUUUGUGAUAUUAAGAGUUAGGGUUUUAGUCGAUGGCUUCAAAUCCUCCAUUCAAUAUGGAGGAUCAGACGGAUGAGGAUUUUUUUGAUAAACUUGUUGAGGAUGAUGAUGAUAUGGGGCCUGUUAAAUCUAGUCAUCAUGAUGAAGGGAAUGAUUCCGAUGAUGCAAAAGCGUUUGCGAAUCUGAGUAUAAAUGAUGUUGAUGCUGCUGCUGCUACAUUUGAGAAUUCUGAUGCUGGUGAAAGUGGGGAUGAAGUCAAAGAGGAAUUGGGUAUUGUGAAAUCUGAUGUGAGUUUGGUUGGUGGACAUGAUGAGCAAGAUGGAAAUUCGGUGAUGUUAUCUAGUUCCGUUGAGUUUGAUAGUAAGCCGGAUCUCAGUAAGGAAGAAAUUGGGACGGGAUCCGAGCUCACGGCAGUGCCGGCUGUUGGCGAGAACAAUGAUGUAAACAAUGAUGUCGCUAGUUCAGGGAUUAAGGAGAAGGGUUGGAAUGCUUUUCAUGCUGAUGCAAAUGAUGCCACUGGGUUUGGAUCAUAUUCUGACUUUUUCAGUGAGUUAGGAGAUCAAUCCGGGGAUUUCCCGGCAAUUUCACACGAUAAUUUAAAUAGUCAGGCGAGUCCUGUUAAUGAAGGUCAAAUUAAUGGCUUAAAUACUUCGGUGGAUUACCUGCAAUAUCAGCAAUAUCAAGGUGUUCAAGGUUAUGAUACGUCUUUUGUAAAUCACACGGACAAGCAAGGUGACAGCUUAAAUACUUCAGUCAAUUAUGUGCAACAUCAAGAGGGUGUAGCUUAUGAUGCAUCUGCAAACCAACACAGUAAUGGACAAGAUCUGAGUAGUAGUCAGAAUUGGGAGGAUCUUUAUCCUGGCUGGAAGUAUGACCAUACCACUGGGCAAUGGUAUCAAAUAGAUGGCUACAAUGCAACAGCAACUAGUCAGCAAACCUCUGAAGCUAAUGCAGCUGUAGAUUGGGCUGCUGCUUCUGAUGGAAAAACGGAGAUCUCUUAUUUGCAACAAACUGCCCAGUCUGCUGCUGGAACUUUGGCAGAAACAGGCACAAUUGAAAGUGUAUCUAGCUGGAAUCAAGUUUCACAAGCAAAUAAUGGGUACCCGGAACAUAUGGUUUUUGAUCCUCAAUAUCCUGGUUGGUACUAUGACACCAUUGCCCAAGAAUGGCGCUCAUUGGAAACAUACAAUUCAUCUGUCCAGUCUUCUGUUCAUGGACUUGAAAAUGGGCAUACUUCUACCAGUACUUCCUUCCCCCUUAAUGAUAAUAACAGUUUGUAUAGUGAGUAUAGCCAAACUGGUAAUUAUGGAUCACAGGGUGUUGGCAGUCAGGCUGUAAAUGGUACCUGGAGUGGUUCGUAUGGUGUUAACCAGCAGCAGGGUUUUGACAUGUACACGACUGAUGCUACCACUAAAAUAGGGAAUAAUAGAGCUUCUGGUGGUAACCAGCAAGUUAACCAUUCGUAUGGUUCAAAUGUGUCUGGGAGCACUGAUCAAGUAAAUACUUCUAGUUCCUUUGGAUCAGUUCCAUUAUACAAUAAAGCUCAUGGUUUGGCUAAUGGCACUUUUGAGCCAAAAACAUUUAUCCCUCGUGAGGACAUUAGUCAACAGUUUAAUUAUUCAAACACAAAGUUUGACGAACAAAAACAAUUCUCAAAUGUUUUUGCUGAAAAUCAGAACUCCCAUAGUUAUUCUCAGCAAUCAAUCCAGGGUGGACAUCAAUAUCCUUAUGCCCCUCAUGCUGGAAGAUCAUCCGCUGGACGUCCUUCUCAUGCCCUUGUAACAUUUGGAUUUGGUGGAAAACUCAUCAUAAUGAAAGAUCCAAGUGCUUUGAGUGCAUCAUUUGGAAGCCAGGAUUCUGUACAAGGUUCUAUUUCUGUGUUGAACUUGAUGGAAGCUGUCACCGGAAGCCAAAAUUCUUCGACUGUUGGAAAUGCUAGUGGUGAUUAUUUUCGCGCUCUAGGCCAGCAAUCUUUCCCAGGUCCAUUGGUUGGCGGUAGUUUUGGAAAUAAGGAACUCUACAAAUGGUUAGAUGAGAGGAUUGCACGCUGUGAGUCACCUGAUAUGGAUUAUAAGAAAGGUGAAAGGUUGAGACUCCUCCUCUCCUUGCUUAAAAUAGCUUGUCAGCAUUAUGGAAAACUGCGUUCUCCUUUUGGUACAGACACCAUACUAAAAGAAAAUGAUGCUCCUGAGUCAGCAGUUGCAAAACUUUUUGCAUCUGCCAAAGUGAGUGGCACAGAGUUCACUCAGUAUGGGAUGCCAAGUCAUUGCUUGCAAAGUUUUCCUUCUGAAGAACAAAUGAGGGCAAUGGCUUCUGAGGUACAACAUCUUCUUGUCUCUGGCAAAAAGAUGGAGGCUUUACAGUGUGCACAAGAAGGACAAUUGUGGGGACCUGCACUUGUUCUUGCUUCACAACUUGGUGAGCAGUUCUAUGUUGAUACAGUAAAACAAAUGGCACUUCGCCAGUUGGUUGCGGGGUCACCUCUGCGCACAUUAUGCCUUUUAAUCGCUGGGCAACCAGCAGAAGUAUUCUCUACUGAAACCUCAAUUAGUGGGCAUCCUCCUAGUGCUUUCAAUAUGCCUCAGCAGUCUGAACAGGUUGGAUCUAAUGGUAUGCUUGAUGAUUGGGAAGAAAAUUUGGCUGUAAUAACUGCAAACAGAACCAAAGGUGACGAACUUGUAAUUACUCACCUUGGUGAUUGCUUGUGGAAGGAAAAAAAGGAGAUUACUGCUGCACACAUCUGCUAUUUAGUUGCUGAAGCAAACUUUGAGUCAUACUCGGACAGUGCAAGACUUUGCUUAAUAGGAGCAGAUCACUGGAAAUGUCCUCGAACUUACGCUAGUCCAGAAGCUAUUCAGAGAACCGAGUUAUAUGAAUACUCAAAGCUGCUUGGAAAUUCUCAGUUUGUUUUGCAUUCGUUUCAACCAUAUAAGCUUAUAUAUGCAUAUAUGCUAGCUGAAGUGGGAAAGGUUUCAGACUCAUUGAAGUACUGCCAAGCAGUACUAAAAUCCUUGAAAACUGGCCGUGCUCCGGAAGUAGAAACGUGGAAACAGAUGGUAUUAUCUCUUGAGGAGAGAAUUAAGACCCACCAACAGGGUGGAUAUGCUGCAAAUUUAGCUCCUGCAAAAUUAGUUGGCAAAUUGCUCAAUUUUUUUGAUAGCACUGCAUAUCGAGUUGUUGGUGGUUUACCACCACCGGCUCCAUCAUCUUCACAAGGAACCGUUCCUGGAAGUGAACAACAUUACCAACAUAUGGCACCAAGAGUAUCCACUAGCCAGUCAACAAUGACCAUGUCAUCUUUAGUUCCAUCUGCUUCGAUGGAACCCAUAAGUGAGUGGACAGCUGAUAACAAUAGAAUGGCAAAGCCUAACAGAAGUGUUUCAGAGCCAGAUAUUGGUAGAACCCCAAGACAGGAAACGACAUCGCCUGAUGCACAAGGAAAAGCUCAGGUAUCAGGGGGUGCAUCACGCAUUUCUCGUUUUGGUUUUGGCUCACAACUUCUGCAAAAAACAAUGGGGCUAGUCAUGAGACCUCGCUCUGGAAAACAGGUAUCAUUAAUUGUUGUAUACAGUUCUGUUUUAUUUUCUCUUUUAUCUCAAUUGUACUACCGAGUUCUGAUUGUGCCCAUUCAUUUGGUUCAUAUUCUGCUCUAUCGCAAGGCUAAAUUGGGUGAGAAAAACAAGUUCUAUUAUGAUGAAAAGCUGAAGAGAUGGGUGGAAGAAGGUGCUGAAAUUCCAGCCGAAGAAGCUGCUCUGCCACCACCACCUCCGACAACUGCUGCUUUCCAGAAUGGGUCAGCUGAGUACAACUUGAAAUCUGCAUUGAAGACAGAAGGAUUGACUCCGAAUGAGUUCUCAACCACAAGAACUUCAAGUCCUGAACUUAGUCCAGGGAUGCCACCAAUACCACCUAGCUCAAAUCAAUUCUCUGCUCGCAGUCGCAUGGGUGUUCGAUCAAGAUAUGUUGACACUUUCAACAAAAAUAGUGGAAGCUCUCCAAACUUGUUUCACUCCCCCUCUGUUCCAUCUGUGAAACCCGCCCUUCCUGCCAAUGCAAAGUUUUUUGUUCCAGCUCCUGUACCAUCAUCGAAUGAGCAGAACAUGGAGGCUAUUGCCGAAAGCAACCUAGAAAAUAGUGCAGCUAAUGAAGAUCCUUCUACAUCUUCCACAAAUGAUUGGUCAUACCAAUCUCCGAAACCUGCACAAACAAUGCCCAUGCAAAGGUUUCCAAGUGCCGGUAACAUCUCAAAACAGGGGCAGCCAGAUGGCAAUAACUCUCAUUUUGCCAAUUCUCGUCGAACAGCUUCUUGGAGCGGAAGUUUUAAUGAUUCAUUUAGCCCUCCAAAAAUGGGUGAAAAUAAGCCUCCAGGGGAAGCUUUGGGCAUGCCGCCAUCAACAUUUAUGCCUAAUCCAUCAUUAAUGCGACCGCCUAUGAGAAGUGGCAGUUUUGGUGAAGAUCUUCAAGAGGUUGAACUAUGAGCAUACACUCAAGCUUGUAAAUAUCAAAUUUUGUUUUUGAUCAUAAGAAUAAUUGGGACUUCCCUGCUUCUGCAUUUCUCUAGAAGUACGGAAACACAUCAGAUGGAGUUCAUACAGAAACAAAAAUAUAUCCAUCUCCCUGCCCACAGUUCCAAUUCUCUUCUCAGUAUUUUUUAAGUUCCCAACUCCCGACCUGGUGAUGUAUGAUUGAAUGUGGUCUGCUUACUUGAUCGUAGGUGUUGUUUUGUUUAAAAUACCAAGGAGUUCCCCAGCUACCAUACCAGUAUUAUGGAACUGGUGUAUUAUUAUAGCAAAAAAUAUGGCCUCCUAUUUAAGACCCAUUUGUUCAUUUUAUUAAACAAGAAAACACAAAUACAAUGCCCUGUCAGGGAGAAAGAUGCCCUCAAAAAGAUCAAGGACAAAGUACAGUGUAUGGAAUUGUAACAUAUAGUUUUACCCUUUGUAUUUUAUUUCAGUUAUUAAACGAUAUUAAAUUUCCAGAUCA